AGCAACAGGUCUCUUCAUUAGUGAUCCUGAUACCGCCGACACACGACUCGAUUGGCGCCAAACUUGUAUUCACAUCAUCUGAACUGAUCUCGCGCACACGCAAGGUACUUUCAUUUGCAAGGAUCAAAAGCUCGGAGAAAUUGUAAUUGGUGAAGAUAGUUCUGAAAGUGAGAGAAAAAUACGGAAAAUUGUGACAAGUGUCGAAAUCAGGAACAAACAACGCAAGUUGAAUUGAAAAGGACUGAAAGGUGAAAAACACGAAACGUGAAAAAGACUGUCGAAAGCGAAAAGUGAAGUGAAAAUUUGUAAAUUUUGCUGCAUUGAACAAACCAGCCGUCGGAAGCCGAUUUAAACAGCAACAGAAUGAUUACACAUUGGAGCUGCCUGCUGAUAGCCGUGGGAUUGAUGGCAUUUGCCGGUCCGGCGUUGGCUCGUCAGGACACGUACCUUCCCCGAGCCGAUAUCCCCGGCGAAGAGCUCUUCAACGAGCUGGCCGAUGAUGUACAAAAGCUGCACAAAGAACAGUUGAAGCUUUUGCAAAUUGUGGGAAACAUGGCCGCCAAGCAACAACAGGAAGAGGAACUGCUGCAGCAAGAGAUACAAAAACAGCAGCAACAAAACGGAGACGAUUCAAUCGGAUCCCUGCUGGACGACCUUCCGGCAGAGAACCCUGUCAAAACUUUGAACCGACUGACAAGGCUUCAGGAACAUCCCAAACCGAUAAGCUCGCAGAAGCCUAGGGAAGAGAAGAAAAGCAAUCAUUAUAUGUCUCUGUGCCACUUUAAACUUUGCAACAUGGGACGCAAGAGGAACACUCGGUACUUGAGCUUCUGGAACUAAACAAAACCUCUGAACUGAAGAUUCAACUCUAGAUACUCAAAACCACAAAAAACGCGCAAUGAAAUACUCAUCACAAUCCAAUGAGAUGAUAACAAGCAAGAGAACAAAGCAACCCUAUCCCCCAACAAACCCCUGCAGCGACGCUCCUAGUAGGCGGCGCUACCAAACCCUGGUAACAAACUGUAUUACAACCAUCAUCGGAAACCCGGUGAUUACGGAACAACCAUCCCGACUACCAUUCCUGCUAAACUAUUUAUUCGUAUUAUAUGAACAUUGCUCAAAAUUCUUUUACCCCGCAACACAUUCCAUACGCAUUUGAACCACACAAUCACAACAAAAAUCAAAACUGUAUUAGCAAAUUUUCUACUUUUAGUUCAAUGGACGAAAAGUAUUCGAUUAUUAUAGGCGUUUGUUUUAGCUUUAAAUUAUUACCCAGUGUUUAAGUUCUAUCGAUAAUAGACAAAGACAUGAAAAUCUCACUUUUUAUAUACAUUAUGUAAUCAUUAUAAAAUCACAAAAAAAUAUUUCACCUACGACAACUGAUACAUCGGCAGGCAGCUACCUGCAUUCAAGUUGCCGCAGGUUGCUUGUAUUAUUAGGUUUAGAAAAAAUGCUUUAAAAUUUCGUAGAAUUGACAUUUAUUUAACAUCGAAAAUAUCUGAAUCCAUUGAAAUUCCUAUUGGCAUGCUUCACAAAAAAAAUCAUCUCGCUGCUUCGAAAAACUGAGGAACGUUUCAGCCAACAGCUCAAGUACGUUACUUAACACUGAAACAAAACUCAACCUAAAACUAUAUUCAAAACUUGAAAACUUAAACGUAGAACACGAACAAUGUAAGCUACUCUCACUGUUGAUAAGAUUUUUUCCGAGAGAACAAAUGACACUGAAUUAAAGUUGCAUAUAAUAAAAACUAUACAUUAUAUUGAACAUAACAAAAGAGUAAACGUGUGCCGUGUUGUUCGAAAGUCGGGGACAGUCUUUUGUUUUCGUUUGUGUCCGCUGUAGUAAACGCGAAAAGAAAGAAAGAAGCCAGUAGUGGUGCGAUCAUGACUCAAUUAGCUAUAUCGUGUAAGUGUAAAUAUUAUCCCCCACUAGAAGUUGUAAUUAAGAACAGUUGUUGUUAUCAUUAUUAUCAUAUUGGAGUAUCGAACACAAUUGGAGAUGGUCCGAUGACCGCGUGAAAUUAUUAUAAAUUAUUUAUUUUGAAUGAUAUUCAAUCAAUAAAACUUUGAAAAUAUAA